CCCAGUCUGUCCGCUGCCGGGUCAGCCUUCAGCGCCCCGGCGGACCUAGAGCGCAGGCAUGGAGGGUAGCCUGGGGCGCGCCGUGUGCGUGCUGACCGGGGCCUCCCGCGGCUUCGGCCGGGCGCUGGCAGGUCUCUUGGCCCCGCUGCUGGCGCCCGGCUCCCUGCUCGUCCUCAGCGCGCGCAGCGACGAGGCGCUGCGGCAGGUGGAGGCCGAGCUGGGCGCCGGGCGGCUGGGCCUGCGCGUGGUGCGGGUGCCCGCCGACCUGGGCGCCGAGGCUGGCUUGCAGCAGCUGCUGGGCUGCGUGCGCGAGCUCCCCAGGCCCGAGGGGCUGCAGCGCCUGCUGCUUAUCAACAACGCGGGUACUCUUGGGGAUGUGUCCAAAGGCUUUGUGGACUUGGCUGACUCAGCUGAAGUGAACGACUAUUGGGCUCUGAACUUGACUUCCACACUCUGCCUGACUUCCAACAUCCUCAAGGCUUUCCAGGACAGUCCUGGCCUUCACAAAACAGUGGUGAACAUCUCAUCCCUCUGCGCUCUGCAGCCCUUCAAAGGCUGGGCUCUCUACUGUGCAGGGAAGGCUGCUCGGGACAUGAUGUUCCAGGUGCUGGCCACCGAGGAACCUAGUGUGAGGGUGCUGAGCUAUGCCCCAGGUCCUCUGGACACAGAUAUGCAGCACACGGCCCGAGAGACCUCUGUGGACCCAGAACUAAGACUAAGACUACAGGAGCUGAAGACCAAAGGGGAGCUGGUGGACUGUGGACUCUCGGCCCAGAAACUGCUGAACUUGCUGCAAAAGGACACGUUCAAGUCUGGAGCCCAUGUGGACUUCUAUGAUGAAUAAGCCUCUGUCCUGGGCUUCCUGGGACUUUCUUCCCCCCUCUCUCAGGCACAGCCAGCAGCACUGUGCCUCCCCAUAUCCUUCCACAGUGGCACUGCCAGCCCUGCCUUACCCAUACACAGAUAAGCAUCUGCACCUCCAGGCCUGUUAGCCCUGAGGACCUGGGUUAGUAGAAGGUUUAGGAGAGAGACAUUGUAGGUGUUGGUGUUCUCUCUCCUCUGGAAUUUGGGGGUGGGGAAAGCAGGUCAAGAAGCUGAAGUUUGAGAAGCGAAGGUACCCCCUGCUCCUCCCUGAGGUUUAUGUAUGAGAAGAGAGAUGAGCUGGUGUCCUGUGAAAGGGCUCGUGUAAAUUCAGGAAUGGCCUGGAAGGUUGGCGGGGUGAUACAGGCUCUGACCCACAGGGCUGCCCCGUGCUCAGGACUCUUCAAUUUCACAUUCUCAGUCUGAUGCUAUCUCCCUCCCUCCAGAGGGAAAGUAGGAAGGCAGUGCAGGUCCUGGAGAGUUUAUAGACAUGCCAAAGGCAGAUGCAAAUAAAAUGUGAUUAUCCUUUA